AUGGCCGCUACCAGUCGACCUACCCCAGACAUCGUCCGCAGUAAAGUGGAAGGCAAAGUCGCCAUUGUCACCGGCGCAGCCCGUGGUAUCGGUUUCGCAACCGCUUCGCUCCUCGCCCAACAUGGCGCUCGGGUGGUUCUGGUCGACCUAAGCGAAGAAGCCCUGAAAAGAUCGUGUGCCGAAAUCGGGCAACAAUCGUCAUACCAGGUGUGCGAUGUGAGCAAUUGGGAACAACAGGUGACUCUCUUCGAAACUGUGACGAAAAAGAUCGGCCCCAUCAACUUGCUUGUCUGCAACGCAGCCAUCAACCCGGAGAUCACCCUGCUCCAAGUAUCCGACCGGGAGCAGCAUGCAAAAAUGAACUCGCAAGUACGCUACAAUUACCUCGCCGACGAACAUGACGAGGCCUCCGAGUCUUUGAUCCGCCCUCCAACCCAACUCUUCGAUAUCAACAUCAACUCGGUACUUUUCGGCCUGAAACUAGGAAUCCACCACAUGAAACAGCACGGUGGAGGCCAAAUUGUCGUAACAGCAUCGGCAGGGUCCUACGUUCCUAUCCCAUCGCAGCCCCUCUACGCAGCUAGCAAGCACGCCGUGCUGGGACUUUGCCGGAGUACGGCUCAUAUGAGCGAGGUUGCGGAGUCGGGAGUUUCGAUUUCGUGGAUCGCGCCGUGGUUAACGCUGACUUCGAUGGUUGAGGGUCUUCAGGCUACUACGAACCCGGACACGUUGAAGAGUUCACCAGAGGAUGUGGCGUGGGGGAUUCUUGCGGCUGCGACGGCGGAGAAGGCUAAUGGUAAGGGGUAUUGGGUUCAGGGGGAGACUAUUAGUGAGGUUGAGGGGGCUUAUGGGGAGGUGGCUGGGCGAUUGAUGCAUCCUGAGAAUCGGUUUUAG